CUUGAGCUCACACUGCCUCCUCUCGGGCAGCUCCACGCGUAUCGGCCACGCUCACGCACACACCUAGGCGCGCACCCGCCAGCAGCACUAGCACGCGCACACUGCCUUGGUGCUCGCCCCCCGGGCCGGCUCCGGCCUCGAGCCGCUGCUCCCAGUCGCCGCCACCACGGAUGCCAGCAGCUGCUCCCAUCUGCAGUGCAGCAGCCCCGGCCGCCGGCCGGCCCGCCCCGGGCUGGAGGAACUGCACCAGGACGCUGGCCCUGCUCGUGGCUAGCCUGCACGCCAGGGCUCAGCGAGGAUGGGAGGGUCGCAGUCCCUGCAGCCAGCCCCAGCCAGUGACCUGAACCUGGAGGUUUCUGAGGCCAUGAGUUCGGACUCUGAGGAAGCCUUUGAGACCCCCGAGUCAACGACCCCUGUCAAAGCUCCACCAGCCCCUCCCCCUCCACCCCCUGAAGUCACCCCAGAGCCUGAGGUCAUCGAUCCACCAGCCCCAGAAGAACCAGGAUGUGUUUCUGAGCCGGUUGUGGUCCCCGAUGGCCCUCGCAGCGAGUCCGUGGAAGGAAGCCCGUUCCGUCCAUCACACUCCUCCUCGGCAGUGUUUGAUGAAGACAAGCCGAUAGCCAGCAGCGGGACUUACAACUUAGACUUUGACAGCAUUGAACUGGUGGAUGACUUCCAGGGCUUGGAGCCAUGCUCUGCCGACUCUAAGGGUCAGGAGUGUAAGGCGAGCACGCGGAGGAAAUCCACCGAGUCCGUGCCACCCUCCAAGUCCACGCUGUCCCGCUCGCUCAGCCUGCAAGCCAGCGACUUUGACGGUGCUUCUUGCCCCGGCAGCCCUGAAGCUGGGACCCUUGCCACAGAUGCAUGUGGCACAGGAUCCAACAGUGCUUCCAGCACCCUUAAGAGAACUAAAAAAACACGGCCACCUUCCUUGAAAAAGAAACAAGCCACCAAGAAACCCACAGAAACCCCCCCAGUGAAGGAGACCCAACAGGAGCCAGGUGAAGAGAGUCCCGUCCCCAGCGAGGAACACGUAGCACCAGAGACAAAGACAGAGCCAACCACACCUGAGGGCACUGCUUGCGCAUUGUCCGAAGAGACGUCCCUGGAGUCCGAGGCUGUGCCCACAGGCACCUGCCCUCUGGAGAGUGCAGAAGACGUUAGCCCUCUGGUUUCUGGAGGUGGCAGAGUGCAGAACUCACCCCCUGUGGGGAGGAAAUCAGUGCCUCUUACCGCAGCCUCUGAGGCAGUGGAGGUGACCCUAUCAGACAGUGGGGGGCAAGAGGACUUGCCUGCCAAAGGGCUGUCAGUGAGGCUGGAGUUCGACUAUUCUGAGGACAAGGGAAGUUGGGAGAAUCAGCAGGAAAACGCCCCUUCCACCAAAAAGAUAGGCAAGAAACCAGCUGCCAAAAUGCCCCUAAGGAGGCCAAAGGUGAAAAAGACCCCUGAGAAACUCGACCACACUCCUGCAUCACCUCCAAGGUCCCCUACUGAACCUAGUGACAUCCCGAUUGCUAAAGGUACCUACACCUUUGAUAUAGACAAGUGGGACGACCCCAAUUUUAACCCUUUUUCUUCCACCUCAAAAAUGCAAGAGUCUCCCAAACUGUCCCAACAAUCGUACAACUUUGACCCUGACGCCUGUGAAGAGUCCCUUGACCCCUUUAAGGCAUCCUCUAAGACCCCCAGCUCACCAUCUAAGUCCCCAGCCUCUUUCGAGAUCCCAGCCAGCACCAUUGAAGCGGACGGGGAUGGGUUGAAUAAACCCGCCAAGAAGAAGAAGACUCCGCUGAAGACUGACACUUUUAGGGUGAAGAAGUCUCCAAAGCGGUCUCCCCUGUCUGAUCCACCUUCUCAGGAUCCCACUCCAGCUGCCACGCCAGAAGCACCCCCAGCAAUCUCUACAGUGGUCCAUGCCACAGAUGAGGAGAAGCUGGCCGUCACGAGCCAGAAGUGGACAUGUAUGACAGUGGACUUGGAUGCCGACAAACAGGAUUUCCCUCAGCCCUCGGACCUGUCUAACUUUGUAAAUGAGACCAAAUUCAAUUCACCCUCAGAGGAGCUGGACUACAGGAACUCCUAUGAAAUUGAAUACAUGGAAAAGCUUGGCUCCUCCUUACCUCAGGACGAUGGCACUCCGAAGAAGCAGGCCUUGUACCUUAUGUUUGACACUCCUCAGGAGAGCCCAGUCAAGUCUCCUCCAGUCCGGAUGUCGGAUUCCCCAACUCCAUGUUCGGGGUCGAGUUUUGAGGACACCGAAGCCCUGGUGAAUGCAGCAACGAAGCUCCAGCAUCCUGUAGCGAGAGGUCUGGCCUCCAGUCAGGAGCCUCUCUUGCAGGUGCCGGAGAAAUCCUCCCAGAAGGAGCUGGAGGCCAUGGCCUUGGCCACCCCAGCAGAAGCAAUUGAAAUCAGGGAAGCUGCUCACCCAUCAGAUGUCUCCAUCUCCAAAACUGCCUUGUACUCCCGCAUCGGGCCCACCGAGGUGGAGAAAGCCCCGGGCCUUCUGUUCCAGCAAUCAGACCUGGACUCGGCCCUUCAAGUUGCCAGAGCAGAGGUCAUCGCCAAGGAGAGAGAAGUCUCGGAGUGGAGGGAUAAAUAUGAAGAAAGCCGGCGGGAAGUGGUGGAAAUGAGGAAAAUCGUGGCUGAAUAUGAGAAGACCAUCGCACAGAUGAUCGAGGACGAACAGAGAGAGAAAUCCAUCUCCCACCAGACUGUGCAGCAGCUGGUCCUGGAGAAGGAGCAGGCCCUGGCUGACCUGAACUCUGUCGAGAAGUCUCUGGCUGACCUCUUCAGGAGAUAUGAGAAGAUGAAGGAGGUCCUGGAAGGUUUUCGGAAGAAUGAAGAGGUGCUGAAGAAAUGUGCACAGGAGUACCUCUCCCGAGUGAAGAAAGAGGAACAGAGGUACCAGGCUCUGAAGGUGCACGCAGAAGAGAAACUGGACAGAGCCAAUGCAGAGAUCGCCCAGGUUCGAGGCAAGGCCCAGCAGGAGCAAGCGGCCUACCAGGCUAGCCUGAGGAAGGAGCAGCUUCGAGUGGAUGCUCUAGAAAGAACGCUGGAGCAGAAGAAUAAAGAGAUAGAAGAACUCACCAAGAUUUGUGACGAACUGAUCGCCAAGAUGGGGAAAAGCUAACUCUGGACCAAGAGCUUGGACUUGGCCGUUGCGUGCAAUACGAUCGUCGGCACACUGUUUGUCCUUCCGACUCCAUGGACAGGUUCUCCUUUCAUUCUGUGUGCACUACUGUGCCCUCUUUCUAAAUAAGGUUGGUUUGACCGUAUGCAGUGCCGAGACCUACCAGGAUCCCUUGCUAUCCUUUUGCAUUUUCUAGUAUAAUUCAUAGCAAGUUGACCUCGGAGUUCCUGUAUCAGGGAGACUGUCAGAUUCUCUAAUAGAAUACGAAUUGCUGAUCUUGGCGUUGCCCUUGGGCGAGCAGCAUCUGAUGUGACGUGAACAUACACAGCCUGCAUCGGGACUCUUGCCUUAAGGAGUGUACAAUUGAUCCACAUUUGCUGGUUUGAUUUUUUAAAAAAAAAGAAUGCAUGUUUCAAAUAAAAUUCUCUAUUGUAAAUAAAUUUUUUUCUUUGAGUCUUGG